UCUGCUGCAAGUUCACAGAAAGGGAAGAGAAUGGCUGCAAAAGAGAAGUUGGAAGCCAUAUUAAAUGUGGCCCUAAGGGUCCCAAGCAUCAUGCUGUUGGAUGUCUUGUACAGAUGGGAUGUGAGCUCGUUCUUCCAGCAGAUCCAAAGAAGUAGCCUGCACAACAACCCACUCUUCCAGUACAAGUACUUGGCCCUUAACAUGCAUUAUGUCGGUUACAUCUUAAGUGUUGUGCUUCUGACUUUACCAAGGCAACACCUAGUUCAGCUUUACCUGUACUUCUUGACUGCACUGCUGCUGUAUGCUGGUCACCAAAUUUCCAGGGAUUAUGUUAGGAGUGAAUUGGAAUCGGGAUAUGAAGGGCCAAUGUACUUGGAACCUCUCUCUAUGAAUCGUUUCAUGACUGCUUUAGUAGGUCAGCUGGUGGUAUGUACACUCUGCUCCUGCGUCAUGAAAACAAAACAGAUCUGGCUUUUCUCUGCUCACAUGCUCCCUCUACUGGCACGUCUCUGCCUGGUCCCUUUGGAAACCAUUGUUGUCAUCAACAAAUUUGCCAUGAUUUUCACUGGUUUAGAAGUUCUCUACUUUCUGGCAUCUAAUCUUCUGGUGCCCUAUAAUUUGGCAAAAUCUGCAUACAGAGAGCUUGUCCAGGUGGUGGAGGUAUAUGGUCUCCUGGCUUUGGGAAUGUCUCUGUGGAACCAGCUGGUGGUCCCAGUUCUCUUCAUGGUGUUUUGGCUUGUCUUAUUUGCUCUUCAGAUCUAUUCCUAUUUCAGUACACGGGACCAGCCUGCCUCAAGAGAGAGGCUCCUCUUCCUCUUCUUGACAAGUAUUGCAGAAUGCUGUAGCACUCCGUACUCGCUGCUGGGCUUGGUCUUCACAGUCUCUUUUGUUGCUUUGGGAGUUCUGACUCUGUGCAAGUUUUACUUGCAGGGUUACCGAGCGUUCAUGAAUGACCCUGCUAUGAAUAGGGGAAUGACUGAAGGGGUCACGCUCCUGAUUCUUGCCGUGCAGACAGGUUUGAUCGAGAUCCUGCAGUCCAUGCUGGAAAUUGCUGAUCCCAUUGUUUUGGCAUUGGGAGCUUCAAGAGACAAGAGUCUGUGGAAGCACUUCCGAGCGGUCAGCCUCUGUUUGUUCUUACUGGUGUUCCCUGCGUACAUGGCCUAUAUGAUUUGUCAGUUUUUCCACAUGGAUUUCUGGCUGUUGAUCAUUAUCUCCAGCAGUAUUCUGACCUCUCUUCAGGUGCUUGGGACGCUCUUCAUUUAUGUUUUGUUUAUGGUGGAGGAGUUCAGAAAAGAGCCAGUAGAAAAUAUGGAUGAUGUGAUUUAUUAUGUAAAUGGCACAUACCGGCUGCUGGAAUUCCUUGUCGCUCUCUGUGUGGUGGCAUACGGUGUCUCGGAAACUAUCUUUGGUGAAUGGACUGUGAUGGGUUCUGUGAUCAUUUUCAUUCACUCCUAUUAUAACGUGUGGUUGCGUGCCCAGCUGGGAUGGAAAAGUUUCCUUCUCCGCAGAGAUGCUGUGAAUAAGAUCAAAUCACUGCCCACUGCCACAAAAGAGCAGCUGGAGCAACACAAUGAUAUCUGUGCCAUCUGCUACCAGGACAUGAAAUCUGCAGUAAUCACACCAUGUAGCCAUUUUUUCCAUGCGGGUUGUCUUAAGAAAUGGCUCUAUGUGCAAGAAACCUGCCCUCUGUGCCACUGCCAACUUAAGAACCCUUCACAGCUACCAGGACUGGGGCCAGAGCCAGUUCAGCAGCCAAAUCCUGGUGCAGAGCAAAACACCAGUCCUGGAGAUGCGGUUGAGCCCCCUGGUGUUGAACAUGACAAUGGGCCAAAUACAAAAGACAGCCCUAGCAAGAGUAACCAACAAGUUGCUGAUGAACAGGACAGCCAGGAGGCCUCUGCUGAGACUGAGGGUUCUCCAAGCGUGGACUGUGACACAAGCCCAUGUGAAGCCAGCCAGGGAACAGCUUUUGCUGCAGAACUAAUUGCACCCCUAGAGGGGUGCCCCGCUCGAGACCCGAGGGUUUGUGUCCAGCUCUGAAGUGACAAAGGAUGACACAGGGACGAACGCAUUUCGGAGAUGCAAGUUUGACUCAGAAGAAAUCCUCUCCUUCCACAGCUGUGAAGGAAGUUUAUAGCUAUUAAUGCUGGUCAAAAUGUAAUAUCCCAUGCUGAUUUUUGUGGGCUGCUUGAUAGUGGUAACUCCAGUGAGAUACAGUAUAAGUGACUCCAGAAGCUCUCUGAACUGUGGGCAUAGGAAGGAUGUCUGGAAAUCAACUAAAGCAAAAGAGUGUUUUCAAGACGUAGGUGAGGGGUAAGAGGAGCAGGAGGUCUGUGAGAGGUUGUAGACGGAUGGAGAGAACACUAGCUUUUGUUUAGGGUAGGAAGAGGGUGUCAAAUACAGCCAUGUCCCAGGGUACCAGAGAGGUGUUAAGUGCAGUAGCCUGCUAGUCUUUGACUGAGGUGCAGCUAUGGUUACUGAUAAAACUAUGUGGCAUGGAAGCGAAAAUCGAAGAUGUAACAGCAGUGAUUUGUACUGGAAGAUGGAAGCACUCUUAAUACGUCAUGUGUAUGCUUUGGGUGUUUUUGGUGGGGCAAUUGCAUUUGAAUUCAUGUAAUCUAUAGUGACUCUUGACUUUUAUGACGGAGUCUUCAAUAUUUUGAUGUAUAUGAAACUUUUGUUAAUAUAUUGGGCACAGUCUGGGCUGUGUGAAGUAAACUAAAGCUCUGAUGAACACUUUGGCCUCUGCUACCAUGUGCAGGAGGAAAGUGGGAUGAGUUUUAGGGCACAGAUAGUGGCCUUGCAGUACUGUCCUGUGUAACGUUUAAUUCUUGCAGCUGAAUUAAAACAGUAUUAAACUCUGGCGAUAUUUGCACUUUGGGAAUGAGUACAUUAUUGUGUAUGAUCAGACUCCGCAAAUGCCACUUUUAAAGCUGUUAAUAGGUUUGCACCUUUCUUUCUUUGACAAGGACAUGUCCAUACUUAAAUUUUUACAUUCAUCAUGGCUUCAAGUAGAACUAGGGACUGGGGUGGGGGAAUAAGUGGGAGUAGGGGGGCAGGCAAUUUUUUUAUGUGAAUUUUGAUAUGAAGAGAAAUUAGUCACUUAUUUAUACGAUAGGCUUGACUCAAGUGUUUUUCAAAGUCGGUAUUCCUAAUGUGAAAUGUGAUACUAUUUUAUUUUUAGUAGUAAAUUUGGAUGUAGACAGACAGACAUAGCUGAAUGUCUUAAUAAAUUACAUUUGAAGAUUUU